UCGAUCUCUUUCACUGCGGCUCCAUCGCCGAGCGGACUGGCCCGCUGCUCUCAUCCGAGACCUCAGCUCAGACUGUCGGAUCUGUGAAAUCACCAACGGCGGCUCCGUGAAGCCUCGAGCUCGUGUCCAAAUGCAGGCUAUCAAAUGCGUGGUGGUGGGCGACGGGGCUGUGGGUAAGACCUGUCUGCUGAUUAGCUACACCACCAAUGCCUUCCCUGGUGAAUACAUCCCCACUGUCUUUGACAACUAUUCCGCCAAUGUGAUGGUGGAUGGAAAACCAGUGAAUCUGGGCCUUUGGGAUACAGCAGGACAGGAGGACUAUGAUAGGCUGAGACCACUGUCUUACCCACAGACGGAUGUGUUCUUGAUAUGCUUCUCCCUGGUCAGUCCGGCCUCCUUUGAGAACGUCCGAGCUAAGUGGUACCCUGAGGUGAGACACCAUUGCCCCAACACACCAAUCAUCCUGGUUGGCACCAAGCUGGAUCUGCGAGAUGACAAGGACACCAUUGAAAGGCUGCGAGACAAGAAGCUGUCCCCCAUCACCUACCCACAGGGCCUGGCCAUGGCGAGAGAGAUCGGUGCUGUGAAGUACCUGGAGUGCUCCGCUCUGACCCAGCGAGGCCUGAAGACGGUAUUCGACGAGGCCAUCCGAGCUGUGCUCUGCCCUCCGCCCGUGAAGAAGCGGGGAAAGAGAUGCACCAUGUUCUGAGGAGGAAACCACUGCUAACACUAUACUACAUCACCAUGAACAACAAACACUACUUCUCUGAGAGGAUGAGAGAGAAUACUUGCGAGAGUGAGUGUGCACUGCUGAGACUGCUUUCUUUAUAUCGAUGUUUUUUCAAAACCAUAUUGGUAACAAAACCAAUAUUUAUUCCAAUUUUUUUACCAUUACUAAAUAGGGUUGUAGGUUCUCUGUGAAAGGCAUUGACUGUCCAACUACUUUGUACUCAUAGAACCGCAUCAUGUUGCCAUGAGGGCUGACAAAGGUUUCUGGAACUUGUUUUCAUACUGCGACAUCUCUUCUUUCUCAGCCAUGCUUGCUUGAAUAAAUGCAGUGUUGACUAGAUAGAACGUGAACUGUGAAUACGUCAUCAGGUCUGAAGUUACCCUCAGCCUCUGUUCUAAGAUCAGCAGGUCACAGCCAAAUACUACUACUUGUAGUUUCCUCCAUCAUUUCUGUCAGGUAUGACUGCGUUGUGCUCACUGAGGUAAACGCUGACGUCUGAGGCCUCAACAAAGACCAGCAGUCAGAUGAUCUGACAGGUUAGCAGCUUCACUAUGUGGCCGUUUUUAGCAGCUUGAUCAUGAUUUGGAUUUAAAUGACUCUAAACCAAACUAAGAUGGCGAACAAGGGAGGCUUAAUAGAUACCCACAGCUCACUUUUUAGUAGUUUUAGGACACUCAUUACUCUAAUUGUGUUGCAAAUUGCGCUAAUCUGCGUUUAAUCAGUGCAGCAUUACACAGAAAAACUGGGGCCAGAUCAUGCUGUUGCUUUGGUGUCCUGUACCUUUGGAAGAAACAGGGCUUGUCUGGAACCCAGCAGCUUCCUUGAUUAAGUACAACAUCGCUAAUACCUGCAGGACUGAUGGACAGAACUGACUAGUUUCCUCUAAAAAGAUCACAAGGAAGAGACAUGGCUUAGCAAGUAAGAGCAAUAACAUUUGCUCGACUAACUUUUCUAAUUAAAGCCAUGAAAAAAAAAUCCUCAAUUCAAGGUUUACCUUAUGGUUGAAUGUGAAGGCUUGUUCUGGACUUUUAAACAGUGGUUUGACUUUAAAAAAGAAAAUCAAGGUCAAUAGUAGUUUCACUAAACAAUCUCAGCUUAGAUCCCACUUACCAACUUCACAAGCUGUCAACCAGAUCUCAUGGUUUUCGUUAACAGGAACAUUUAAAGCACGAAGGCGUCUUUGGAUCAUUUGCUAGGUGGCUGAGGAAUACUAUGAGGUGUGGUUGAAGGUCUUGUAGAAAGCUUGUGAGAGCACCUGAGGGUGUUUUACUCCAUCUUCACUGUUAGCCAGGUGAAGAUGCUGUAGCCAAACUGUCCCUUCCUUUUCGGAUGAAAACAAAUCUGUUCUUUUUAUCUUCUUAUUUUAGGAAGCACCUGAUCUUAGUCAAGUGUCUUUGGGUAGCUUUCUCUAACUGUGAACAUGUGACAGAUGAGCAUGCCAAACAUGGGGGCUGUAGAACCUUGCUGCCUGAGUUCUGCCUCUGAGGGUAGAGGAGCUUGCAUGGGUCUUAAAAUAUUCUGUCUUAAUUUAUCCCAUUGUUUAGAUUUUGUCUCUGUUCCUCUGUGUGUGACUGAGUGUAAGUGUGUGUGUGUGUGUGUGUGUGUGUGUGUGUGUGGGUGGGUGGGUGUAUGUGUGUGCGCGUGCACAAGUGUGUGUGUGUGUGUCACAGGCGUGUAUAUAAAUGCUGGUGUUUGUGUGUGUGGACAGGCACGUGUCAGUAUCAGUGAGACUCAAGCUCGUGUUGGUAUCAGUGACACAGCGUUGUUCAACAUAAAAGACAGUAUUGUUUUAAGCCAAGUUUUUUAGUGUCCAGUUUUUGGUACUAUUUCAUAUUGUAUUGUAGUAAUACACACGAUUUUUCAACGAUCUGUGGACAUAAAGAAAGAAAAAAUGGAUAUCAGUGACAUCUAGUGAUUUACAGAAUAAUCCUUAGAAAAGAAAUUAUCUAUCUACAUGUACCUGAAUAUUUAGCUCUUAAAACUAAAACAAUACAAACUAAAGGGAGUAUAGUCGCUCAUGUUGAAGUUAGAAGUGUUGCUAACAGUGUACAAUAAAGGGGCCAAUCUUUGCAGAGUUUGUUAUCGUGGCAAACAGUGUGGAUUGCACCUUUAUGAUAUGCAUUUCUGUAUGGUUGCAGGCCUGCGGUGUGUCUGUCUCCCCCGUGUGGUGAGACGCAGCACUGCAGCGCCCUCUGUCAUGCUGUCUUCGGUUGGCAUAGCUGUGUGGUUGAGUCAUGUUGUGUGGUCCUGCCUAACUAAGGUGUCGAAAUGUAGCUGAGAAACGCAGCAAAAAAUUCUAAUAAUAAUAUUGCAUGGAAGUUCUCUGGUUAUUUGACCCACUGUAAUUCUUAGGAGAGGUUGUACGAUGAAAUGCAUUGACCAUGUAUGUAUGUAAUGUAAGAUGACUUGUAUACUUGUUCCAACUGUCUUAUUUUUUAUUACUUCACAUGUCUGUGUGGUGAAAUAUUUCAAUUUUUUGUAUACUAAAUACAAAUGUAUAUGUAAGGUA